AAACAAAUCACUAUCCAGCCCACCCUGUGGCCAGCCAGCCAUGCUACUUUCUUAGACACUUAAGAUGUUGUGCAAUAGUAGCCCAGGCUCUUGCCGGACGACAGAUCGAGGACUUGAAUUGAGAUUUGUCUUUGGCUUUCUCAACUACACCAUCGGUCCUGUGUGCGGGGCACAAUGUCAGCUACGACCACCUUGACGAUUCAGGCCCCAACCAUGACGACUUCGAACAUGUCGACAGCCCCUUGCUGUCCGAAGUGCGGCUUUGACAUUGAACUACCAUCCUUCGAAGACACCCAAGAGGAACUUCUCCAAGCCCACCGGAAGAUCGAGGACCUCCAGGUCCAAGUGCGGCUCCUCAACCAGAAGGCUUCCGCCGCCAUUGAUCGCUGGGCAGACUACGAGGACGAGAUCGCCAAGGUCCGGUCCGCCCUCGACACCUCGCAGAAACAGCAGCAACAACAGCAGCAGCAGCAGCAACAGCAACAAACCCAACAAGCGACGACCGUAGCCUCGCCAUCACGAUCCUCCUUCCUCUCCGCCAGCGCCGCAAGCCGCAUUUCAGCGCUCCUAUCCCCGCGCAAACCGCCGCCAAACCUCUACUUCAACAACCCGAGCCCCUCCCCGUCUCCCCGAACCGCAUUCUCCCCGGCCCUACCACUGCCAUCAGCAACAUCGCCGGCCCCGCCGCUGUCCCCGACGCCGAGCAGCGACGAGCUGCUCGAGGCGCUGUCGCGCGAGCAGUCGCUGCGCCUUGCGGCCGAGGGCCGCCUGAGCGACACGAGCCGCGAGGUGGAGGAGCUGUCGGCGACGCUGUUCGAGCAGGCCAACGAGAUGGUGGCGUCGGAGCGGCGCGCCCGCGCCGCGCUCGAGGAGCGCGUCGAGACGCUUGAGCGCCGCGACGCCGAGAAGAGGCGCCGGCUCGGCAGGCUCGAGGCCGCGCUUGGGAGCAUCGAGAGGGCUAGGGCGCUUCUUUUGGGGGAUGGGGACGAAGAUGGAUGAGGCAGCGAGCAAUCUGGGAACAUGAGAAACGGCUCGUUUACGCGGCGCAUACUGAUUUGGGUGGUUCUUUUCACAUUUUUUUAGAGGGGUCAGACAUCUAUACUCGGGACAUGCGAUUUCAAUAUCAGAUAGGGGUAUCAUUCCACGGGGAGUUACGGGGAAAUAUCUGGACAGGCAAGAAAAGAGGUGGUGCAUCGGGCUUAAUACGGUUUUGCAACCUUCCUGAGUUCGCUGAAUCCAGUUUCGGGGUCCCUAUACUCCUUCCAACUGACAGGAUACAUUGUGUUGCCGG